AUGGACCGACUCCCCCCCGAAAUCCUAUCCCUGAUCGUAUCCUUCCUCGCCGACGAUCCACCAGAAACCACAUCCCCAUCCCCAUCCCCAUCCCCAUAUUCCCCAUCCAACCACUCCGCCCUCGCCCCCUACGCCCCCCUCUCCCGCCCCUGGCAAGCCGCCGUCGAGGCCGUCACCUUCCGCCGCCUGCGCGUGCAGAGCACCGAGCUCGCCGCCUUCGCCGCGCGCCUCGGCGGCAACAACAGUACAGACGCAGACGCGCGCCACGCGCACGCGCACCGCCACCGCCGCGCCGCCCUCGCCGAGCUCCGCUACGAAGUCCUCCUGCCUGGAUACUCGACCGACCGCGCCGCCAAGUUCGAGCGGCGGCGGGAGCGCGAGGCGAAUGCCGAGGUUUUUGGGGAGGCGGUGAGGGGGUUGUUUGGGGUGUUGGGGGGGUGGGAGAGGGAAGCGGAGGAUCGGGAUCGGGAUCGGGAGGAGGGUCAGGAGAGGGAUGGGGGGAGGGGGCGGGGAAGGGGUUGGAGUGGUGGUGCUGGUGGCAGAGGGAUCGCGUUGCAUCUGGGGGCGUAUGCGGUGGCGGAUGUGGAGAGGCCGAGGGCGUUGGACGGGUGGCGGGACCUCGGGGCGCGGCGGUACGGGAAGUCGGUGUUGAGGUUGCCGGGGGAGAUGAUGAUGAUGAUGCUGGCGGGGGGUGGUGGUGACGGUGGUGUCGACGUGCCGGAGGUCCGGCGCAUCGUCGCGUUUUGCACGCCUGGGGAGACUACUUGCACGAGGAAGUUGAGGGCGGCGUCGGUGGCUUGGAUCGCGGCGCGGAUGCCGAAUCUGGAGAGGGUGGAGUGGGAUUUGGAUGACUGCGCGUUCGCGGAGGAUGAGGUCAGGCAUAGGUAUCGGAAAGACUUCGCAGACGCCCUCUCGACAAUCAGCAACAACCACCUAACAUCAUUCAACCUCCGCCUCCGCCUCGAAGACCCGCAGAACGACGCCUUCCGCAUGCCCAGCGGCACCGACCCGGCCGCCGCCGCCGCCGACCCGGGCGUCGACGAGCUCAGCACCGCCCUCCACACCUUCCUCUCCACCGCCUCCAACCUCCUCUCCUUCAAACUCGCCCUGGCCCUCUCCCCCGCCAUCUUCGGCCCCUCCCCCCACAACCAACCCCCCACCACCACCACCAACCCAAAAUUCCCCCACCUCCACCACGCCUCCAUCGCAACCGGCCGCACCACCCCCUCCGGCCACUGGCUCUACACCCGCGACCCCGACCCCGCCGCCGCCACCAACGCCGACGACGACGAACUAGCAGCGGCGGCGGCGGCGGACCCGCGCACGGCCUACAGCGACUACUCGUCCUCGGCCGACAUGACGUCGUGGUCGUCGGACGUAAACGCCGGCCUCGUCGACCCGGACGACUCGGAGUGGGCCGAGACGUACCACGCGUGGCACGACGGCGUGGCGACGGGGCGGCGGCCGCGGCGGCGGUUCCGGUCGAGGGUGGACGCGGGGUUGUUGGAGGGGUUUUUGGGGCGCGCGGCGGGGGCCGUGAUGGUUAGGACUGAGUAUAUGCCGCGGUUGAGGGGGUUGGUGGUGCAGGUGGGGGAGGAGGUGGAGGGUUGGGGUGGGCACGAGGGGGUGGAGAGGCAGGUUUAUUGGGCGUGUUUUGAUGAUGGUGGUGGUGGCGGUGGCGGUGGCGGGAAGAGGAGGGUGGAGGUCGUCACGUUGCCCGGGGCUGGGAACGAGCAUCCGGGGUGGAGGCCAUCGGAGGGGUUGAGGGAGAUGUGGGAGGAGUGGGUGGGCGAGGAGGGGAAGGUGGAGGUUUCUCUUUGCGAGGACAAUUACUGA